AUGUCCUCGAUUGUCGCCGAGCCCCUGGACCCGCGCGACGGCUUCAACUGGGUCUUCCUGGUAGAGCUGCUCAUUUGUGGCAUCCUCACCAUCUUCUUCCUCUUCUAUUUCAAUCGCCUCUUUGCAACCGUCAUCGCAUAUGGCAUACGCGCAUAUACCUGGCACACCUUCGAUGCCUACAUCGACAUUACCUCGCUCCAAAUAUCGCUGCUGGGAGGCCGCAUCUUCUUCAAGGACAUACGCUACCAUGGCCACAACGAGACGAUAUUGGUCCAUGGCGGAUACAUCACUUGGAACUACUGGCUGCGACGGGUGAAAGAUGCGGCCGUCUAUACCGACGGCGAACCUCGACUAGACAAUGAGAGCACUCGCACGCCCAGCACCCCUACCACGCCAUCUGGUAAUCGCCGUGGCAACCUCGACAAGGCGGAGAAAGGAGGAAAGCAGACGCAGAAGCCGCUCCCGUGCCGCAUCUCUGUCAAGAUCUCAGGCGUCGAGGCCUUCAUGUACAACCGCAGCCCUGCCUAUGACAUGAUCAUCGAUGCUGUCGAGCGCAAGGCCAAGGGUGCUGCAGAGGAUGACAAGACUCGUGAUGGAUCCACUGCGGCAUCUGGAAAGAAGCACAGUGAGGAAGACCACCACCACAAUAAGCUGAAGAAAGCGCACACGAGCGGCGAGAAGGAUAUUCCAAGACCAGACACGGCCCGCUCAACAACUCCCAAGCCCAACAAGGAUAAUCUUCCUGCUUUCCUCCGCCUCCUCCCUGUCCAGGUCGACAUCACCAGAGGCGCCGUGGUUAUCGGAAACGAAAACACACUAGCUGUCAUCACGGCUCAAUUUGAAAAGGCGAGUGGGACCGUGGACGCGUCCAGCUGUGGUCCUCUUGAUAGUUACCAACAACUUUUCAAGUUCGAGGUAGUCCAGCCUGUGAUCCACAUGAAGCCUAACCCAGACUACAAGAUGAGCCAACUCGACACGGCCACCCAACUCAAGCAGGAGUAUGCUCAAACCUCCCCCCAUGCCAGCGCUUUCGACAAGUCAGCCAAACGUAAACAGCGCUGGCGCUGGCUGAAGAAAGUUUCGACCAUCUCUGGGCUUUUUGCAAAAUCUUCAGACUCGAUUCAUACCCAUGCCAAGACCGGUACCACCCAAGGCGCGACUUCGUUUGCCCCUCAAUGGCGCUUCCCGGGCCAAGAACGGUGGAAAGGCCUGGCACGCUAUCUCGACGACACUGCAAAUGAUGGCCACGGCGAAUGGGAUGGAAUCGAGUACGCAAAAACAUCGCUAAUAGCUGAUCUUCCAAAGAUUGGCAUCUCCUUCUAUUGGGAUGUCCCGGGUCUAGUGUUACAUGAUAUCGACAGUAGUGUACAAGUCGAUCCUCAGCGUCCACACGACAUCAAUGGCAGCUUACCCCCUGCCUAUGGCCUCGAUAUUCAGCUGUUUGGAGGAACUAUCAACUAUGGGCCCUGGGCGGAUCGUCAUCGUGGCGUCUUUCAAAACAUCUUCUUUCCAGGCUCUCACGUGGAUGCGAUUCCAGCCACGCCAUUGAAGCCAGGAGAGACUCGCUUACCUACCGUAUUCAAGGUCUUUCUGAGUAUCGAGGAAGAUACUGUGCUCCGCAUUCCGAUUCGAGAACCGUCCAAAGACUGGAAGUGGAAAGGCAAAGCGCAUACUCUGGCUGCACACGACAAGGCAGGGGCCGAUAAGGGUAUCUUCAAGGCAAAAUCCCGUCGGAGAAGGGGAAAGCAUCGUGACAAUACUGGCGCGCAAAAUGUGCGUCCGUUUGCAUGGAUUGAUGUCAAAGUUGGCGCCGACACUACAGUCAGCCAAUCCCUGGACAUGUACGCCUCUAAUCAAGGAUUUAUGAGCAAGCUCGAUGUCGAGAUCCCGAAAACCGAAAUAUACUCAAGUGUCAAUCACGGCUUACUAUGGCGAUCAGGACUAGUCUCUCUCGAUUGUGAUCUCUCGACCCCUCUUGGGUGGAAUACACUUCGCAAAUGGCUUUUCAACAUCAAGUGUCGUGAUCUGGAACUGUUCCUUCUCCGCGACCAUCUCUUCCUACUGACAGAUCUUGUUGCCGACUGGGGAACUGGCCCACCACCAGACUACUUUCUCUUCGUGCCUUUCUUGUAUUUGCUUCACGUCGACUUUGAGAACUUUAGUCUGUACCUGAACACCAAUGAUGCAAACAUCAUCAACAACCCAGCUGAUCUUGACGACAAUAACUUUGUCGUUUUGUUCGGCGAACGCUUAGAAGGAGAUGUCACUAUACCGCUCGACACAUUUCGGCCGGUUAGCAGUGACAUCAAAUUCGAUGUGCAAGGCCAUAAGCUUGGUCUGGAGGUUCUCAUGCCAACGAAAAACACUUUGAAAACAUUCGUCCAUUCGCCUAAAGUGGCACGACUAGAUGGGCUAACACUGACUGGUAGUCACACUUUUGUCAACGACACAUCGGCGAUGAAUACCGAUAGACUUUACAUGGAUAUUCAUGGUCACAAGUUGAGUCUAGAACUGUAUGGCUGGCUUGUCCAUCAUUUCAUGAAGAUCAAGGACAACUACUUUGGCGAGGAUAUGCAUUUCAAGACCUUGGAAGAGUUUCAAGGUCUUCCAAGCGCAACUCUUGGUACAGAAGGCGCACAGUCGACCGCACAGCCUGCCGAUAGCAGCAAUGAUUUGGAUGUUAUCUUGUGCAUAUCGGUCGAUCAAGCUAGCGUCCUUGUGCCAUCAAAUCUGUAUUCUGCAGAGCGCAGCCUUCGUGCUGAUCUCCCCUACGCGUCGGCAGAUCUUAGGUUCACAAACUACUACAUGGACCUUGCAGUAGACUUCAGCCCCAUUAGCCUUUCGCUCGGAACUCCAGUUGCCAGCCCAGAGCUUUCCUAUGAAUACACAAGCGGUGCAACUGAGGUGUUCAUCGAAUCUGUCGGGCUAUUCGGGCACAGGCUCUUUGGUCUGCCGCCCGAUGAGCCUACCUAUGUUUGCAAUUGGGAUUUUGAAGUAGGCACCAUAUCUGGAGAAUGCUCUUCCGAGUUUAUUGAAACGGCUUCUGGUGCAGCACGAUCGUUCAUCUUUACGCUUGAAGAUGAUGAGAAUACACUACCUCUGACAGAAGUUCCAGUCAUCCACGAUUCCACAUUUCUGAGAUUAAAGACAGCCGGAGUAAGCAUCUGGCUGCAUAUUGCGGACUAUGCAUUGCUCCUUCGGACAAGCCCAGUGACACUGGCGUACAAUGAUCUCGCUGGAACCAGAUUCUCUGAGCGACUUACCGCAUACAUCCCCGAUCUUAUCGUCAGUGUAGUCGAUGCGAAGUCGGCUCUGCGUAACAAAAAGCACAAUGGGGAGGAUCAAACAGUGGCCACUCACGCCUAUCUACAAACUACCUUGUCACUGAAUAUGUUGACUCGGAAGCUAGACUUUUCAGAAGAUCGUGAGAAGCAGCAAGCGCACCUGCGAUUUCACGAUCAACGGACUCAUCGCACGCAAUAUCUGUUCUCAGACGAUCGCAACACCUCAUCACGACAUGGAACAGCCAGUCAAGGACCCAUGAGACCUCCAGCGAUGCAAUAUCCGGAUUCAGAAAUUUAA